GUGACGUCCCACAACUGCUGGAUGGAGCAAGCCAGCGCCGGCGCCGCAGACUAGUGCCGCAGUAUUUUCUUUGGUAGUCAUUUCUUCACAAGUCGCCAGCAGGAGCGGAUCUUGAAGUCAUUCAGUGGCCGUAUUUGAAGACAGUUCGGGAAGAAAAAUAGCAGCCGGCCUAAUCAUGAGGUCGUUGUGGUUUUUCGGUUUUGUUGCAUCUUUAUGCAUAUUCCAGGUAGCUGGCCAGGAUGAAGAUAAUUGGGACGAUACAGUUACCUGCCCACCUCUGCCAGCACCUACGAGUGAAUUGGUCUACACCUGCACCCUGGAUGGCCAGAACGUGAACACCGCUGACUCCCAGCCCUUGGGCACCAUCUGUGAGCAGGAAUGUGAGGAAGGCUUUGCCUUGCUGGGCUCAACUCAACGCAGCUGUAUGGAAGACGGCACUUGGGAUGGCACAGAGGGCGUUUGUGAAGUUGACCCUUGUAUCAGCCACAUCUGCAGGAAGCCCAGAUACGGCAUCUGCAUCACUGAGGAAAUUGACGGCAAGCUCGAAGCCAACUGCGAUUGCCCCGAGUCCUGCCCGGAUACUGCUGUCAAACCGGUCUGCAGUGUCUACGGAAAGCAGUAUGACAGCCUUUGUCACCUUCGACUGUAUGCUUGCAAGAGACAGCGUUCAUAUCCACUGGCUUACAAAAAACCAUGCGUCGCGUCUCAGUUGCCAUGUGACAAGGAGGAGUUAAAGGAGUUCCCCCAUCGGCUUCUGGAAUGGUUCCUGCACCUGAGGGAGAUGGAUGAGUUGAAACAGCUGGAUCCCAACAGCAACAUUCGCAAACUGGACAACGCUGGCAGGGAGAAAGUAGCUAAGUGGAAGUUUGAUGAGCUGGACAGGAAGCAUGAUGGGCUGCUUGACAGGCGAGAUCUCCGCGAGUUCCGCUAUGCACUGAUGCCCCUUGAGCACUGUGCUGACGACUUCUUCCAGGAGUGCUAUGCAGGGGCACGCACCAUUGACCUGGCACGCUGGAAUGAGUGCCUGAAGGUGCAUGAUAUGGAGGAAGGGCCACGGAGAAUGGCAGAGUUCUUCCUGAAUGUUGUCCCUAAAGAGAGUCCUGCUGAAGAAGCUGAUGAGAAUGAAGAGGCAUGAGAGCAGCAUAUUGCUAUUUGUCUUCAUCUUCAACGCUUUGCCUGCAAGCCCAGAGAACAUUUUUAUUGACUGUCUUGUAUUUUUAUAGCCAGGACUAGAAUUAGCCAAUCCCUUUUCAAUAUUUAUGCUUUUGUGCUUUUGGCAAUUCAGAACAAGAAAACUUUCAGAGUUGGUUCUUUGGUUUAAUUCUUAGACGACUGGUUUUUUUUGGGUGUUUCCAAGCCGACUACUCAUCCAUACAAUUUGCCCUCUUUUUAAAAGAGAAUGAAAACUUCAACAUGUGUUUGGGUUAUUUAAUGUCAGGUUUUUGGAUAAUUGUUCGAGUUUUAUCUUGGAGUUACCAAUCAUACCAUUGACCUCAGAGGCAAGAUGUUUUAAAACCAAUAUUUUCUGAUAGAUAAUGUAAUUUUUAUUAAUGUUAUCAUUUUUGAAGACUAGCCAUUUUUAAUGAGUGUCAUACUUUGUGUUUUAGAUUCAAGAAACAUGUAUACUUUGUAUCUACUUCAUAAAUAUAGCGAGGUUUAGAGAAUGAAGAUUUGAAUAGAUGAAUUGAUCAAGUCAGGAUUUCAUUGAAAUUUAGUUGACAUGGUCAACCGUCAAAGCUACUUAGGUCAGUGAAUCACAAGCAUCAAGUACACCAUAGUGCCGUAAGGGCUUCAGAGAUUGCCCCUCGUAAUAUUAGGAGGUGAUUUUUAAAGGGUUCUUACAAAUUCAAGGUGAUCCUACAAUAAUGCCACUGCCCAAACCUUUAACAAAUGCUGCUGCAAUUUAUACAGAAUAUAUUAUGGGAUAUCAAAAUAGAUCAUUAAAACAUGUUACAUUUUGUAUUCCAAUUUUUUUAGGUGAUAUAUGAUUCAAUGGUGCUAUUAUUAGUUGGAGAAUAACUGUUCUCGACUCCAUGAGCCGGUGUCAACUCUCUAGAAGUAGCUUUUUUAACAUGGACCUUGUAUGAAAUGUAGACAAAGCACGUGUGACCUUUUAUUUGACUGAACAACUUGAACGUCAGUAAGGCGGCACUGUUUAGUUCAUUAUUCUUUUAACCUGAUGCAUAAUAAACUGGAUUAGAAUGUUGAUUGAUGAGAA